ACAGUAUUCGCCAGCUUGCCUUACGGUACACACUUCGCAUGUUGUUAGUCGUAGUUAAGCGUUUCAACUGAGAGGAUGUGCCUAUAAAUAUCGCGAUUAAUAUUCUCUGAAUAAGUGAUAUCGAAAAUGUACGGAAUAUUGAAGUCAUUUGCGGUCUAUUCGAAACCAUUUUUUUGCAUUUUAUUCGUGCUUUGUUCUACUCGACACAUUAAGUGUGAAGUGACUAAGUGUUGUCCAGCCGGAUUCGUUCUUGAGACUUCCAACUAUUUUUGUGCACCAAACAAUACAAGUUGGGAUGCAUACAACAUUGUUCCAUCAGCGCUGCCAUACUGUGAACGGAAGGUGGCCAAUGUAUUCCAAAAGGACGAAACUUACAUAGAACUCAAUGGUUGUGUUGAUAAAGAUUUGAAUGACGAAUUUGUGACGGUUUCAUGUCCAGGAAAUCCAAUUGGCGUACAUGCAAUGAAAAAAUGUUGCCCAAUCGGACAGUCAUAUGAUCAUCUGAAACGUGCUUGUGUGGUCAAUCCAAACACCCAUGCAGAUUUCAAAAAUCUGUUUCAACAAUCUGCGGUUGUAUUUGAUGAAAAAAACGCAAUCCCAAGCUGUUCCGACGAUGAAGUGUUUGUUGAGUAUUUUUCCACGGUGCAUGACAUUAAAUUUUCGGGGAAAAAUGUUCAAGUCAAUGACGAUAUUUUAUCAUCCGAUAAAUUUUGUAUUGAAGAUUUGAUAAAUAUCGACCCAAUGGAUCCACGGCAAAAUGGUCAACAUAUGAUAGUUCGAAGCUGUCGUCCGCGUUCCGUUUGUGAUACGAUGCCCUGCAUUCGUCGGUGUUGUAGUGCCGAUCAAGUUAUGUUGAAUAGCCCGAAAAGAUGCGCGGCACACCCCGAAAAUGCCAACAUAAAACCAAUUUUCUAUGACCUCAGCUAUCCUUUGACUAGCAACCAACAACAGACACGACUCACAGAAUAUGGCAUUUUGCAGGCGUGGAAAUGCAAGUCGAGUUAUCCACUGAUGCCAGACAUAGAAGAUGAUCUUCACUACUUGCACAAGGAUGGUAAACUGCAUAUGGUUGGCGAAGAACCUCUAGACCAUGACCACUAUUGUAUUGAAAAUGUCCAGAAGAAAUCGGGUGCAAUUCAACUAUUCACAUUUCUAUGUUUCGAAAACAAAACAUAUGAGCAGCUUGAUAAAUUUGCGUACUAUCCCUAUGGAAUAUCGAUAUCCUGCAUAUUUUUGACUACAACUUUGAUUGUUUAUUUAUUAGUGCCAAAGCUCUUGAAUCUACAUGGAAAAACACUUGUGUGCUACGUCCUAUCAUUCUUAGCCGCUUACAUUACAUUGGCCAUAUUGCAAUUCAAUGAAGGCAAACGAUCUCCUGUUUGCUAUCAAGUAGCUUUUUUCCUUCUCUACUGUUUUAUGGCCGCCUUUUGCUGGCAAAGUGUGAUGUGUUUUGAUAUCUGGCUAACUUUCGGGUCGUUGCGUUCAUCGUUCAUGAUGCGACAUAAUCGACAAAAUCGUCGAAAAUUUUUCUACUAUUCAGCAUACGCAUGGCUGUUUCCAUUGGUAUGGAUCUUGUUUACUUUGUAUGCCGAACAAAAGCGGCCGCUCCCCGACAAGUGGAAUCCAAAUAUUGGAGAAAACACUUGCUUUUUCACUGAUGAUGUAAACUGGAGGACCCAUUUCUUGUUCUUUUUGAUGCCGGCUGGAGUUCAUGUUAUUGCGAAUUGCAUUCUAUUUGUCAUAACAGCCAUCAAUUGUUCGCGCGUCAAGAGUGACAUUCAUCGAAUGCAAUGCAUUUCCGACGAAUCGAAUACGUCAACAAAACGCAAGAAGUUCCUUGUUUCGAGGGCAAUAUUCAUCAUGAAUUUGAAAUUAUUCACGGUGAUGGGAAUAUCGUGGAUGCUAGAGUUCAUUUCAACAUUUUAUAAAAAUCAUUACUUCGAAUACAUUCUGGAUUCUUACAACAUUCUCCUGGGUGUAUCGAUUUUCUUUAUAUUUGUGUUCAAACGCAAAGUUCUCUAUGAGCUUAAGUGUCGAUUCGGUCUUAAUCCGAGAACCAUAGGAUCAGCUACACCAAGAUCAACCACCGUUACCAAUACUGCUAACGUCAGUAUGAGGGAUAUAAGAUGCCCAUCGGAAAAGAACUUACCUUUGCUUGUCGUAAACGCAACCACAUUACAAGUUCCUAGCAUAAAAAAAUAAUUCAAACUAUCCCGUUAUAGACACAAAGUGUCUCUUACACUUAUUUCACUUAAGUAGUUUUUUUUUUGGCAAAACUAAAUUUCAUUUCAAAAGCAUUUCACAGUUUAUUGAAUACUUUAUUAUUCGAGUGUUGCUAAGUUAGAUGUCUAAAUAAUGAUACUUAUAUAUGUUUAUUGAACAAAGCACAAAAUGAGCUAUUGAAUCAAAGCAUGUUUGGGUGUGUGUGUGUGGUGUGGUCGGGUAUUGUUCAUUUUCAUUGGACACAAUUAAUUGAUAAUUGCAAUGCGGCAACUAUCAAAUAUCGCGCAUACAGAAGAUUACACGUGUGAUUACAAAAGUUGAGAUUGUAGUUGCAAGCAUGCUUUGAUGAAUUUUAUCAAGAUCUCCGUUACGAUAUUAACCAAAUAACAAGAUCAUGAAUAAAAUAAAAUCAUUCAUUUUUAUUGGUUGAAA